AUAAAAAAUAAAGAGUUGUGUUAACGGGCAGUUUUACACACACCUCAAAAUAAAAUACAACUAAAUUUCCAUUAAAUACUACUCCUUAUCUCUUCAUUGUCUUACAACCACAAGCUAGCGAACACACACACAGAAUUUAGCACUGUAUAGAUCGAUCGAGCUAGAAACUAUGGAACAAGGGUCACAAGUUCCUCAUGUUAUCAUCUUUCCACUUCCAGCACUGGGACCUGUUAACUCCACGCUCAAGCUAGCUGAGCUUCUUUCACUUGCUGGACUCAACAUCACCUUCCUCAACACCGAUUUCAACCACGAUCGCCUUGUCCUUCACUCCAAUAUUCUAGACCGUUUUGCUUCUUUUCCUGGGUUCCAAUUCAAGACCAUCUCUGAUGGACUUCCAGCUGACCACCCAAGAGCUGGUGAUCGAUUCAUGGAAUUGUUUGAUUCCUUUAAAUUGGUUACGAAGCCACUGUUUAGAGAGAUGCUGUGUUCGGGUCAGUUGAACUCAGUUACUGGAGAUUCAGUGACUUGUAUCAUAGCCGAUGGGAUCUUGAGCUUUCCUAUUGAUGUUGGGCAUGAGCUUGGCAUUCCAGUCAUUUCCAUACGUACCAUCAGUGCUUGCUCCUUCUGGGCUUUCUUCUCUAUUCAAGAUAUAAUAGAAGCUGGAGAGCUUCCCAGUAGAGGACAUGAAGACAUGGAUCGUCUUAUAACAAGUGUGCCAGGCAUGGAAACUUUUCUCCGACUCCGAGACUUACCUAGUAUUUGUCGAACCAACAACUUAGAAGACCCAAAUCUCCAACAUAAUGCAUACGCUAAUAGACAAUCUGUUCAAGCCCAAGGACUCAUACUCAACACGUUUGAAGAUCUAGAAGGACCUAUACUCUCCCACAUACGAUCUCAAUGUCCCAAGGUCUAUACCCUUGGACCCCUACACACAUUCUUGAAAUUUAGGCUUGAAUCUGAAAAUGCCUUAUUGCAAUCUCUGGCUCCAAAUAGCAUAUACAAAGUGGACAAAAGCUGCAUCGAAUGGCUCAAUGCUCAACCUUUGAAGUCUGUAAUCUACGUAAGCUUUGGAAGCAUUACAAUCUUGACAAGAGACGAGCUAAUGGAGUUUUGGUAUGGUUUGGUUAAUAGUAAGAAGCGCUUCUUAUGGGUAAUACGACCCGAUUUGGUGACCCAAAAAGAUGAUGAAGGUCAAAUUCCUAUGGAGUUACUAGAAGGGACAAAGGACAUAGGUUAUAUAGUGGGUUGGGCCCCACAAGAAGAGGUUUUGGCCCACCAAGCCGUAGGUGGGUUUUUGACACAUAGUGGGUGGAACUCAACCUUAGAGAGCAUAGUAGCAGGAGUGCCCAUGAUUUGUUGGUCUUACUUUUAUGAUCAGCAAGUGAAUAGCAGGUUUGUGAGUGAGGUUUGGAAAUUGGGGAUGGACAUGAAGGAUGUGUGUGAUAGAGUCAUUAUAGAAAAAAUGGUGAAUGAUUUGAUGGGGGAGAAGAGUGAGGUGUUCAUGAAAUCAACAGUUGAGAUGGCUAGAUUGGCAAGCGAAAGUGUGAGUGAAGGUGGGUCUUCAUAUUGUAAUUUCAACCGUUUGAUCGAGGAUAUAAGACUAAUGAGCAUGACUGCAAUAAAAUAAUCUGAGCUUGAGUCUACUUCUUGGAAUUCAAGUUCAUCCAAUGUGUAAUUGUGUUAUAUGACUAUGUUUUAAUUAGAUUGCUUACUAUGGGAUAUUCGAUAUGAUAGGUUUUUCCACAACCCGUAUUUGUAAUUUAAAA